CGCCAUGAUCAAAAAUCCAUGUGAGAACUAGAAUUGUGUCCUUUUUUUUAUACGUAAUUUAUUGAUUCUUAUAACACCAACUAUACAAUUAUGAGCCUCACAUAUAUAUGCUAAAUAGUUUGUGUUUAUUCCUUUUCUCAGGAAAAUAUUUUUAUCAUUAUUAUUUAUAAUUUAUUAAAGUAGCCAAGCAAGGUAAAAAAAAAAAAUUCUUACAUUAAAUUGCUUGACAAAUCCCUGGAUUCUGCUGGUGCACGUGGACAGGGACUACGAGACGUUGCCUUGACUAGUUCCUUAUGUCCGAAGACUCCAGCAGCGAUGGGGAAUGGUGUGAAUCCUCAAAAAAGCCUGCAUACAGCACACACCCAAAGGCCAAAUGCUGGGAAUGUGGAAAACAAAUCAGCAACUUACAAAGGUUGAUGUUGCACUAUAAAAGCCACGAUAUCAAAGCGACCUGCCACAUCUGUGGGGUUACUUUCCGUCGCCUGACAUCACUCUCUGUGCACUUAGAUAAUGCACACUCGCCACCUAUCUGCUUAGAGUGCCAUCAGUCUUUCUGCAACGUGUGGGAGCUAAACAAGCAUGCAGAGAUAAACUGCAAAACCUCUUUGUCGUUUCAAGACAGUUCAUCUUUAAUAGGCGAGAGGCAUAACGUUGGAACAUUCUCUAACACGGGGACUGUGAAGCAAAGCACGGACUCACUGAUUCCUGAUUCGGCGUCAUAUUUAAAGCCUGAACAAAGAGCUGAGGUGACACCGAAGACACUCGAGACAUCUGAAAACAGUGUGGAGUAUGUUCUGGGUGAAGAUGAUAGCAUGGAAAGUGACUGCGAGAAGGACGAUGAUUCAACAAGCACUGAGUCUGAAGAUGAGACACAGUCAAGCUUAAGUUUACCUCAUAAUUCUAGCGACGCUUUGAAAAGUUCAGACUGUGGAACCAGGCCUGCCGCCCUCCCCAGUGCCGACACUGUAACAUGCACUGAGUGUGGACAAGGACCGUUCAUGUCAAUGAAGCGCCAUUUGCUGCAGUGCAGCAGUGUAAAGAAUAAACCUGAGUGUGUUCUGUGCAAGAAGCGCUUUCUUACUGUGAAAGAGCUCCAGGAGCACCACAAGCCUUUACAAUGCUGUGAAAUGUGUUUCCAAGUUUUUCCUCACCAGUCCUCGUAUUGCAAUCAGUGUCCAAAGGGAGGGAAAUCCUUUUUAGUGCUUUUUUGUUCAAAGUCGAUGCCAAAAUUAUGUAAAAUUUGCAAAUCCCUUUUCAUCUGCAACAAAACCUUGUCUGCUCAUGUCCGUAAAGCUCACUCAUUCGUAGUGACCAGCCAAGUCAUUGUUCCAUUAAUGUCCAAAAUAUACCAUACAACAAGUCCACCUGGUGACUGUAGUAGAACGGUCCAGUCAGCCGUCUCUGCUCCACAUGUGGUAAACCAGGCCAUUGAUAUGACACUUCCCUCUCCAAUGAAAUCUACUACUUCCUCUCCCUCGACCUCCUCACACUCAGGCACGCCUCCUUCCCGGACAUACACGUUGUCCGCUGCUGCAACUGUUGAUCAGCCUUCAAGCAAUCUUUUCAUCCCCAUAUCUGCAUCCCCGGGUGCCAAUGUCUCGGCUGCAGAGGCGGGAGCUUCUAACGCUGACUUUUCAUCAAUGCCCACUAUUCUGGCUUCGUUUAAGAAUGUCAGCCAGUCUGUGGCUUUGAAAGGCGUGAAGACAGGCUGGCGCUCCAAGACCUGUUGUCCCUGCAGGCAAUGUGGCACCAUCUUCCGGCAGCCGUCGCUCAUCAUCCCCCACCGGUACCACCACAGAGGCCGCCACUCACACCAGUGUGAAUGUGGCCGAGCUUUUAAGCACCGCCUGCACCUUCUGCGCCACUGUGUUCAGCAUGCAGAGGCCAUUAGUUACAUAUGUGUCAGCUGUGGAGACACAUUCACUGGAGCAAAACAUUUAGCACAGCACCUGAGGGGAAAAUCACAGAAAAAAUCCAGUUCUGGAUAUGUAACCAAAACUAAAGUCAAGAAGAAAUGUAGAAUGCCUUUUACAUGUGACUGUGGACAACUCUUUCUCAGGCCCUCAGCAUACUUAUGGCAUUAUCUUAAAAACAGGAAACGUAAAUGAACAGCUGAAUUUUUUUUCUCAACUAUGAACCUCAGUCAAAAACAAAAUGUUAAAUCAGAAUGUCACACAACUUCUUUUAGUUUUCUGUUUUGUUUAAUUCAUAUGUUGGCAAAAGAAAAAAAAAAAGUAAAGUUAAAACCCAAACACAUUCUUUAAUAGGUUUGAAUGCUUGUCCAUGUGUGAACGGUUGUUAACAUGUUUUCACUGUGUGCAAAUCAUACAAAGUAAACGGGGAUAAAAGAAGUCCCUCAGAAGAACAAUUGACAACAUACCAGAAUAAAAAAUGAU